AUGUCCGUGCUAGACGCACUUUGGGAGGACCGAGAUGUCCGGUUCGACGUCUCCUCUCAACAAAUGAAAACAAGACCUGGAGAAGUCCUUAUUGAUUGCUUAGAUUCAAUAGAAGACACCAAAGGAAACAAUGGAGAUAGAGGUAGAUUAUUAGUGACAAAUUUGAGAAUUAUAUGGCACUCUUUGGCAUUACCCAGAGUCAAUCUUUCUGUUGGCUACAAUUGCAUAAUCAAUAUUACAACAAGAACUGCUAAUUCUAAGUUACGGGGCCAGACUGAAGCUCUUUAUAUACUAACAAAAUGUAAUAAUACUCGUUUUGAGUUUAUAUUUACAAAUGUGGUUCCUGGGAAUCCUAGACUUUUUACCUCUGUCAUUUCAGUACACAGGGCUUAUGAAACUUCUAAAAUGUACCGUGAUUUUAAACUGAGGAGUGCAUUAAUUCAAAACAAGCAGCUAAGAUUAUUACCACAGGAACAAGUAUAUGAUAAAAUCAAUGGUGUUUGGAAUUUAUCCAGUGACCAGGGAAAUCUGGGAACCUUUUUUAUUACUAAUGUGAGAAUUGUUUGGCAUGCAAAUAUGAAUGACAAUUUCAAUGUCAGCAUACCAUAUCUGCAGAUUCGUUCUAUAAAGAUCAGAGAUUCAAAGUUUGGUUUAGCACUUGUUAUUGAGAGUUCUCAACAGAGUGGAGGAUAUGUUCUUGGUUUCAAAAUAGAUCCUGUAGAGAAACUACAGGAGUCUGUAAAGGAAAUAAAUUCACUUCACAGAGUCUAUUCUGCCAGUCCUAUAUUUGGAGUGGAUUAUGAGAUGGAAGAAAAGCCUCAACCUCUUGAAGAUCUGACAGUUGAACAAAUUCAGGAUGAUGUAGAAAUAGAUUCUGAUGAACACACUGAUGCUUUUGUGGCUUAUUUUGCUGAUGGCAAUAAGCAACAAGAUCGUGAACCUGUAUUUUCAGAAGAACUGGGACUUGCAAUAGAAAAAUUGAAGGACGGAUUCACCCUGCAGGGACUUUGGGAAGUAAUGAGUUGAUCUUGAUUUGAGCUGAGUUUCUAUUUAAAGAUACUUUAAGAUUGAAGAUGCUAAUGGUCUGGUAUAACAUAGAGAAUAGUCAUGUAUCAAGUAAUAACUUUAAGGAAUUUAAGAAAAAAUGCAUUUAUCUAAAAUGUUAUUGCCAGUUGCCUUAUUUAUCCAAAAAUUGUAACAGAAUUUCAUUUAGUUUGUUGAAUUUAUAAACUGUACAUAGCAUUUUAAUUUUGUACAUUAAUGAAUUUGCUGCCAUAA